CGCAGCGUCCUCACGCGGCUCCGCUCCCGAGCAGCGUUCUCGGGACUGGCCUCGCUCUGCAGAGAGGACCCCAGGUCAGUGGGUCUGACUGGAUCCCCAUCUGCCCCUGGUUUCUAAGAACGUUCUAGAGUGAGCAGCCAUGCGCCGGACAGCAGAGACCCGAGGGCCUCACGCUGUCUCUGUGCACUCUCAGUCCUGCCCUGCUUUAUGGCUGAGGAAAUGGAGAGAGGGUCUCACUUGGGGUCAGAUGGCAGCUCAGAAGCUGAGAGUCCUUUACUCUUCCUAACGCUCUAGCCCUUGCUGUACCCACGGCCCAGUCUGAAUCCUGCUGUCGGGGUGCCCUGGGCCCGCAGGGAGCACAGAGCCACCCCUGCUCUGCAGGGCUGAUCCUUGCCCAGCCAGGUCCUGACAUGAAGAGGCAGCUACAGCAGAGAAGGAAAAAGGAGCUCUCUGAGCGGCGCUCUGGGUAAGACCAGCUCGGUUAUCCCAACCACCCAAGUGUGGAGCCGUGGAGUCCCGGGUGCCAGUGUCCCCCUCUUGGAAAGGGACGGUCAUACCGAGUGAGGCUUUGCCAGCAGAGGUGAUGCCUCAGCCCCUCCCCUCCUGCCUCCCCGCUCCCUCCACAGGGCCAGUGAUUCCUUACCCUGCCGGGGGCCCUGGCCCCUCUUAAGCUGGGGGCAGCUCUGCUCCACAUCUGGUCCCUCCAGUUUGUCUCUUCCCACAGGUCCUGCCUUGUCCCGCACGGGCGGCUCCUCUUCCUGCCAGUGCCUGCCGCCAGCCGCAGCUUGGCCUUUGCCGGGGUCUGCCCCACUCCUGGCAUGGCUGGUGGCCUUCUGACCUCCUUCCGUGACAUGCCACACCCCUGGAGGGUGGUGCUGCGGCCCCUAGGACGGGAGCACAGUGCCUGAGGGAGCCCCCCGGGCUCGGGCUAACUGGGCAGGCUGGUCACCCAGCCGACCAUGUCUGUGUCUGAGGGAGCUGGCGCCAAGUCAGUCGCGCUUCACUCCUUGCUCUGGGAAAACCGCCCACCCGGCACAGCCCCCGCGAGAAGCCUCCUGCCUGCCUGCCUGCCUGCCUCCCACCCGGCUCCGGGGUGGGGGUACUGGAUGUUGGGAGUGGCCAAGUCUUGGGAGGAGGCCCCCCCCCUCCGCUCCAGAAGGCCGGAGGAUGGUGGGAAGGGAGCUCCCUUCGCGGAGACUUGCCUGACCCCGCAGUAGUCUUGCGAUGGUCGCCCGACUCCAGCUUUGAGGCUCAAGCCAAUGGAAGGGCCCCGAACCUCCUCCUCUGCCAGGAGGGUGCCUGCACACAUCCCUAAAAGGACCUUUCCUCCCCUUGCCAAUGACCUGACCUUCCAGCCCCGGGGCACUAAUCCCCAUCCCCCCAAGCAGGCCUCCUAUUUCCAACCUAGUGCUUUUCCAUCCCCUGGAAUAUCUUCCUCCAGCUCUGCCAGGGAAAAGCUGCCUUCGCCUGUUGGGUUAUGCCCUUCGUUUGUGAAGAUUUCUUCAAACCCCACAGAGCAGAGAGCCCAUGUCUCCCUGUUUCAUGGGUAUUCUAACUGAUGCGUGACCGACCACACCCUGGCUAGUUUCCUCAAAGCUCGGUGCGUUUAGGUCACUCUGGGUCAGGCACUGUGCUAAGUACUUUAUACGUAUUCUCUUAUUUAUUUCUCAGGACAAACUUCUAAGAAAAAGAGACUCUUACAUCCCCAUUUUACAGAUGGGAAAACCGGUAUCAGGAGGUGACGCAACUCACCCAGCGUCAAACAUCUAGCUUUCACCAGCUGGCCCCACUGGUAUUGCUGUUUCUGGGUGUGCUCAGCCAUCUCAGCCAGGACCAGGCUGAGCCAGAGGACAUCAGCAUUAGGGGUGACGAGGGGUCACGGAAACCAAAGUGGGCCGGAAACCAGGAUGCUUGCAGAAUCCUUGAUUCAGGUUGAAGACAGCAAAAGCCUGUAACAGAAGACUUCCUCCUGGCUGAAGGAGCAUUGAGGGCACGGCUCCAACAGAAAUCUGAGUCAGAGUUCCCUCAAUUGCUGAAGUGCCUUGCGAAACAGCCUGGAGGAACCCUCAUUGGUCCCAUGGGCUGUGUUCUUCCUCCCUGGCCCACCCAGAUGAUUACUGCUGCCCCUCAGCUCCCAAGAGGCAGCUCUGAUUCUCUGUCCCCAUAUAUCCCUCGUCAAUGGCUGACUGCAAAGUGAGAGGCCAAGUUUAGAUCCAAGUGCCUGCCUGAACCCUCGGAGAGCCUAGUGCUACAGGGCUGGGUGUCUCCUUGUCCUCAACCAACAGCAGCACCGACACCAGGCUGGAGUCACACUUGCGCACAGAAGGCCCUGAUUUCUCCGCCAGGUCUGGCCUCAGAGAUACUGUCCUGAUUCUGCUAGGUCUCUAAUCUCUGGUCUUGAGGCCCCAGUCCCUUCUGGAUUCAAGGCAAUGUUGCCUCAAAACAAGGACGAGGUGCUGCCACAGAACACAGCACCCCCUGGGCGCCCCCCUCAGGGCUCCUCACAACUUGUGGACUUGUCUUCUGGCAACCUGCAGCCUCUGCCUCCCCAGCCGUCGCUCCCUCCCUCUCACCCACCUUGCUCCCCUCCCCCACGGUCCCACUCUCCUGGCUCCCAUUUCUACAACUCUGACUCAGGUUCUGACUUUGUCCUACAUCCCUACUCUUCCUCCCUCCCAAGUUCCCCCACUUUCUUUCAUCAGAAUUACCUCUCUCUCUCCCUCACACGCUCUUCCUCUCCCACCGGCCAGCUAUACCCCUCCCUUCCUCCUACUUCUUCCUCCUCUCCCACUCAGCUACAGAACGACUCUCUCCCCCACUCUCACCGUCUGUCUCCUUCCAACCCAGGGUACCACCCCAGCUCCACUGUCACUUCCCCGGCCCCCAGCCUUCCUUCUCCUGGGGUCCAUGGGAAGAGGCAGACAUGGCCCUGGCACCAGUACAGGGACACCGGGUCCCCUGGGGUGGUGGGGGGAUGCGUGGCAAGCCAGAGGGACCCUGCAGAGUUCAUGGACCCGGGAGCCCUGGCCCAGGCCCUAGUGGUCCAUCUGGGGCACCGCCGCAUUGCACACGACCUGCGGCUACUGCUUUUGCAGCACCUGUGGCUAGGCACAACUGGCCAGGCCCCAGUUGUAGAAUAUCCUAUAUGCCUGGUGUGUCUCAAGCCCCGCAGCCCCACGUGCCCCAUCUCCAGGUACAAGACCGGACCCCGGCUGCUUGCCUUCCCCCAACUACUGCCCUGUGAGCAGGGCCAGGAAUCCGGACCACUCCGCCUAGGCAUUGGCUUCGGCCUCCGCCUGCCUCGGGGCCAGGCCAGGGCCUUGCACCUGUUGCCAGAAAGAAGGCCAGAGGAAGUAGGUCCACAGGGCAAGGCCGCUCAGGCCCCUGGGUAUCAAACCUGGGCGUCCCAGGCCCCAGCAGCUCACGUACCGGUGGCUCAGGCGCGGGCAGAUCCAGCCCGGGGCCCACCCUCCCCCACCAGGAGCCUCAGAUCUACACACUCUAUGCGCUUUUCAGGGCCUUUACCGCAGGCACCAAAACAGGCCACUGUCUCCCUGAAGCCCAGGCCGUCCUCUGCCCGAAAGAGUCCUGCCUCUUCAGAGCCCAUUCUCCGAAAGUCGCCACUCCAGUUCCAGAGACAAGGAGGCUCCCUGGAGUACCUCCUCUGAACCCCACUGCCCCCACCAGGCUCCAGAACUCAGGGAGCCCCCGAGACUCCCUGAAGGGCUGGCUGGCCGGAGGUCAGGUGUGUUCUCCAGCCUUGAACCCUGGGAGCCCCUUAUGGAGUCUGCUCUCUCCUGGCUGAAGAGGACGAAGGGCACCUGAGACCCCAUUCAGCCUUCAGUGUAUCCAAUAAAGCCUGACCCUGCAG